AUGACCAACACAACACAGUCCAGCCAGGUGGAGAGCAGUGGCAUUUCUUCCUCCUCGGUGAAUGGUGACACCGCGGUUGAGACUUCCACUAUUUCAUCUCCCUCAGUGAAUAGUGCCACCGUAGUUGCUACUACCGCUACUUCAUCCUCCUCGACAUAUGCCGCGUCCGUGGAGACUACUUCACCGCUUCCGUCACUGUUUUCCACUCAGCCCGCUGGCAGUUCAGCAACACGAACGCCUUCCAGAGUUGUCAACCCAUCAUACACAUCUACCAGCAAAGUUGCAAUCUCAGUACCUUCGCAGUCAAAUGGAAAGUUCAGUUCUGGAACUCUUGCGGGUUCCAUAGUUGGCGCUUUUGCCGGCGGUUAUAUCCUGGCCCUCUUGGCAGCCUUUCUUUUCUUUCGUUUCCGCAAGAAGAGCCGCAAACCUAGGGAGAAGGCCCGUGGUUCUGGUUAUAUUGAGAAUUCGGAAAAAGUAUUGGGACAGACAGUCACUACAUUUGCUGGAGUUUCAAAACCUAAGAACUCUGAUAUACCGCUCCCCCAAGUCGCGAGCGCGUUCGAGUCACAGCAACUCGAUCUGUCUACUUAUAUUCCACAACCAGCAGAUGACCACUCUGUAUGCAUGCGCAUUCAGAGCUUAUUUGAUCAGGCCGGUCUACAUGUUGAGAACUACUACUCUCGCACUGCUUCCAAUCCCCCAUUGACUCGGGACCUUCUUGCUCGUCUCAGUCGCUACGAUUCAACGUCUUUACCUGUUUCGUUGAGCAUCAUCCUUUCAAACCCCAGAUCUCAAAGGGCUGUUCUCACCCAUGUAUUAAUUGAAAGCCUGCUGCAUGCCAUUCAACCCGGCGAAACCGAAAACUCUCUUCUUCCGGCAGAUUUUGCGGCAAGCCCACAGCAAGGAGGAAGUGAGGUGGCAGAUGCUGCUACGGAGCGUGUCAAAUUUGCUUGGCGUAUGCUCACGUCCUUCCUCUACUCGUCAAACAAUCACCCGCCGGCCCUACCCAGAGAAAACAUAAUGAAAUUUGCGGAGGGUUUCACCAAGGCAUUUGAGCCAUACAGCAACCCGCAGUUCACAAAAGAUGAUCGCCUUCGGCAUCUGGCCACCAUCUCCAAAUCGGCAGCUGACCUCGGUAUCUGGUUAUUCUCACAGCCAUGUUUGUUUAAGUUCAGGUGGGUAACAGAUAGGGUUUCAGGUGAUAAUAUGGUGGUUCUUCCUGCUAUUUUAAAAGUUUGCGAUGAACAGGGGCGACUAUUGGCGAUUCCGGAGAAGCUAGUGGAGGAAAAAGUAGUACAAACCUGA